AUGCUUGCAAAGGUCAUCAUGACCGCUGCCGCUGCUGGUUUCAUCACCAUGGACGUCCACGCGGCUACCCUCACCAGCGACCAGGCGCAGUCUCUGAAGACCAUCAACGACGCCCGUGUCAUUGCUGGCGUUCCUGCUCUUGUCUGGGACACCAACCUCCAGAACGACGCCACCGGCUGGGCCGAGAUGAUCGCCGCUGUCGGCCGCCUCGAGCCCGCUCCUUACUCUUGGCGCAAAGGCGCUGGUGAUGCUCUUGCUUUCUUCCACGCACUUGAUGCUGAUAAUACCGUACUUCGUAGCCCUCUCUCUGAGGCCGCCAAGCUCUGGCUGGACUCCGAUGAUGCGGCCACGACAUCCAUCCACUACCACACGCUCCACAGGCACGGCAAGUUCCAUCCUCUCAUUUCCAUCAAGGCCACUCAAAUUGGUUGUGCCGCUGCCAAUGGCAUCGAUGACAAGGGUGCCAAGGACCCUCUACGCGUCUUCACCGUUUGCCGUGUCUUCAAGGAUAUUAAUGAGCCUUCGGUUCCGGCCCUUCGCCCGCUCGAACUUAAAUUGGGCUCUCAGUCCAACUUACAUCCUUUUUGUGACCGCCAGAUUCUUAUCAAAGGUAUCAAGGGUGAGACCACUGUUGCCGUCACCGAAAAUCGCACUGGGUUGCAAUCCGCGGCAUAG